ACUGUCCCCUACCCACAAAGAAGCAUAUGAAACGCGACAGAUGUUUUGUUGUAGCAGUCUUCUAUGCUAAACACAGCGGACAUUUAUGAUUCCAUUGUUAAAGUUUAUUUCGCAAAUCAACUGAAUCGACAAUUAAUUUCAUUUUUGCGUGCAGAUUGAGCAUAUCUAUCUGAAGUCAGAAAGGUCGAAACAUGGCAGAAAACACAGCAACAAACCAGACUGUGAUGGAUGAACGCAGAACUGAUUCAAUGACCGCUUUGUAAUACUGCCUCAGCAGCUCCUGUGGCAAGCCGUGCUUCCUCAGAAGCCGCAUUAAGUACAUCCGCCACUGGGUCUUUUUGAGGAUGGAGUUGGUGUUGGUCUCCCACUUCAGGCUGCGCACAAUCAGUGUUUACUGCCUGAGAUGCAGAUUUGAUUGGCUGAAGGGGUGGCUGAACUCGCAUGUGAUUGAGCAAAAUGAGGCAAAGCAUGACAUGUCAGCUGGAAUGACAGACCAAGAGAAAGAAAUGGCAGCCAGUGCAUAUGAAUCGUUUGUGGCUGGCAAGUAUGACGAGUCUUUGAGACACCUUGAAGCCCUGCAAGAAUUGAAUAAAGAGGACUACAAGAUCGCUUUGAAUAAAGCUGUUGUAGAGUUUUACAAAAGUGGUCAGACUACCACAGGAAACCUUAAGCAAAGCCUAAUGGCAAUGAAAAGCCAGGUUCACACAGCCACAGAGGAUGUUGAUGGGUUGGAUGAUGUUGAAAAUAGUUUGUUGUACUACAAUCAAGCCAUUGUCCACUAUCAUAUGCGGCAAUACUCUGAAGCCAUUUCCAUUGGAGAGAAGCUCUAUCAAUUUCUGGAACCGUUUGAAGAGAAGUUUGCUCAGGCUGUGUGUUUCCUGUUGGUGGAUCUGUACCUGCUCACAUUCCAGCCAGAAAAGGCCCUCCAUCUCUUGGCUGUGCUGGAUAAGCUAUCUGUACAAGGAAGCAACAAGAACGGAAAAGCAGAGAACAACAAAGAUGGUGGGAACCAGAAGGCAGAGUUUUCAGCCAUGAUUGAGGCAGCUAAAUCAAAGAUGCACCAGUACAAAGUAAGAGCCUACAUUCAGAUGAAAUCCUCAAAGGCAUGUAAAAGGGAGAUAAAGUCAGUGAUGAACACAGCAGGAAAUUCUGCACCGUCACUAUUCCUUAAGAGUAACUUUGAAUAUCUGAGAGGAAACUACCGGAAAGCAGUGAAGCUGCUCAACAGCUCCAACAUCGCAGAACACCCCGGACCCAUCAAGACAGGUGAAUGUGUUCGAUGUAUGUUCUGGAACAAUCUUGGCUGCAUUCACUUUGCAAUGGGGAAACAUAACCUAGGCAUUUUCUACUUCAAGAAGGCAUUACAAGAAAACGACCACACUUGUGCACAGCUUGGAGAUGGUGGCAAUGGGCAAGCUAAGAAAUUCACAGGUAUCCCUAUGUGUGCUCUACUGGCCAACAAACGCUAUGAGCUUCUGUAUAACUGUGGCAUCCAGCUGCUGCACAUUGGCAGGCCUCUGGCGGCCUUUGAAUGUCUGAUUGAGGCGGUGCAGGUUUACCAUUCAAACCCUCGACUGUGGCUGCGACUUGCAGAGAGUUGCAUUGCUGCUAAUAAAGGGGGUUCAGAACAGGAGAGCAAAGGUUUACCUUGUAAAAAAGGCAUUGUUCAGUCAAUUGUCGGACAGGGAUAUCAUCGCAAGAUUGUAUUGGCAUCCCAAUCCAUGCAGAACACUAUUUACAGUGAAGGCCAGUCAGCAGCCAUCCCAGUAGCCAGUAUGGAAUUUGCUGCCAUUUGUCUAAGGAACGCUCUGCUGCUACUACCUGAACAUCAACAGCAGGACAGCAAGACAGACAACAGCUCCAAGAGCUCAAGUCAGUCAGGAAGCACAGAGAGUGGCAGCGAGAACAGUGAUGCCUGCAGGUCAUACAUGCAUACAUACAAAUUGGUUACCAACAUACAGUGGGAGGACAAAAUUGGGAAAGGUCAGGAGGCUGACAGAUUACUCUCUGCAGCACCAUCAUCUCCUCUCAGAAAGCAGGAAGUGGAAAACCUCAGGUGUUCCAUCUUGGCGUGUAGUGCCUAUGUGGCAUUAGCACUAGGAGACAACCUGAUGGCUUUAAACCAUGCUGAGAAACUGCUUCAUCAAGCCAAGGUGUCAGGCUCGCUCAAGUUCCUCGGUCAUCUCUAUGCAGCCGAGGCCCUCAUUUCAUUGGAGAGAAUCUCCGAUGCCAUCAUGCACCUCAACCCAGACAAUGUCACUGAUGUGUCAAUUGGGGUGCUGACUAGUGAGCAAGACCCAGCAGGUUCUGAUAAAGGAGAUGAAACGGUUGAAUCUUCUGGCAAGCAGACCCCUCUCUGUUAUCCCAGCAGUGUGACUUCAGCUCGGGCCAUGAUGCUCUUCAACCUGGGCAGCACGUACUGCUUACGAAGCGAAUAUGACAAAGCCCGCAAGUGCCUUCAACAGGCUGCAUCCAUGUUGAACACUAAGGAGAUUCCACCAGAAGCCAUUCUGCUCGGAGUCUACUUGGAGCUACAGAAUGGGAAUACUCAGCUGGCCUUGCAGAUCAUCAAACGCAACCAACUGCUGCCCACAGCGGUCCAGAGGGUGUCACCGGAAUCCCGUAAGAAAUCCGUCCAUCCAAUCCAGCUUCCCUCGUCGUUCACACAAGUCCAGCGUAAAUGAGCCUCCGUAUUCAUGUUGACCAUUAGACCACAGACACGCAUUCUGAGGAGCCUUGAUAUUUAUUAUGCUUCUUACCUCAGCAUCAGGAGCAGUUAUUGAAAUUAAAAUCUGACUGUUGACUGAAAUGAUAAUGGACUGAGGCACACCAAGGUCAUUCUUAGUUUUAAUUCAUUUUGCCUGUAGGUCUGAAUCACAAAAAUAAAAUUUUAUUUACUAUAGUAUGUGCAA